AUGGCAUACAAUCAUCAGUCAAAUGAACAACGCCCAGCUGCUAAGAGUUGCUGUGAGAAGUUGCACGAAGCCAUCUUUGGUAAAUCAAAGAGUAACAAUGUUCAGAAUCAGAAUCCUAGUGAGGUAAAAACGUCUCAAGACUCGGGGCAUUCAUAUUCAAAUAAUGUUGAGGAUGAUGGCCGCUCCAAUGAUAGGGUCUCUGGUGGUGGUGAUACUGGUACGGGUACGGGUACGGGUACUGGUACUGGUACUGGUACUGGUAGCCGUUGGUUGAUUGCUAGACCACGUGUGGAUACUGUUGGAAUGAAUCUACAACAUAAGCCGAAGGACACGAUAUGA